UUGACAAGACCUUGUCAUGGAAACGCUCAUUGAUAAUUCACACGUGAUGGAAUUGCAUGUAUAUGCUGCUCUAAUUGGGGAAUCAAGGUGAAGGAAUGCAAACAUCUCCUCUUCUGCUGCUGCUGCUGCUGCUGCGCCCGCGUAUACGAGAGCGCGCUCCAUCGCUGUGAUCGGUAAAGCCCACAACAUCAGCAUCUUCCGUGGGGCGCGCAGGGAAGCUGGAGGAGGAGGACGGAGAGAGAGAGGGAGAGAGAGAGAAAGAGAGAGAGAGAGACUGGGUAAAGGCUACGAGAAGAACCGUGAUGAUAAUGGAGUCGAGGCGGUGGAGGAUGUCGGAUUCACGAGAAAGGACUGUUGUAAUCUGACGGAGGGCUUUGUCUUGAAACAUUUUCUCGUUUUUUUCUUUUUUUUUUUUUAAGAUUUCAUUGUGUUUGUUUGUUAUUUUGUGAGGGGGCUUUUCACGCUGCGUGGACACUGAGGGCGAGCAGAGAGGGAAUAAUAAGGGAGCUCCCCCUGCACGGAUGCCUCGGAAGGUAGAAACGGGCUCCACCGCUGGCGCUACAGGCAACAAAAACGCAAAAACAUCCCAGCUCUCGGGUGUUAAGAAAGGAAAUCCCGAAGAGAAGCUGUGCACUGAUGGAUGAGGAUGACAAACCGUCGACUGUGAAAUAAAGAAAAUACCAUUUUUUGAUGGAUUCUUCUUUCGAUUUUUUUAAUCAUUCAUGGUGUAGCCCCGAGGAAACGAGCCUUGCAAUGUUGAAUCACUGGUCUUGGUAAAUUAUUCAUCACUGGUGUAGGUAGACUAUGAUUUUGUAUUGCUUCAAUGUAGCAUUCACCCCACUGUCAUUCUUUUUUUUAAAAAAAUAAUGAUUAAUCCUUUUUUUUUUUAACCUAUAUAUGGUUAAAUAUAGGCCUUUUAUUAGCCUUUAAUAAACAGCCAACGCAGAUGAAUAUUGGCGCAGGAAGAUAGAGAAGGAUAAAAAUACAAGAUCUGAUUGUGAGGUUUUUUAAAUAUUCACGUUUUUUUUUUCUUAUAAAAGCCUUAAAAGAAAGAGGACCGGGCUGGGAAUAUAGAGGUAUAAGGAAGAAAGAAGACUGGGGGAAAAGAAUCAAACAUGUUGCCUUCCCAAGAAGCCUCCAAGAUCUACCAUGACAAUUAUAUGCGCAACUCCCGGGCCAUCGGGGUGCUGUGGGCCAUCUUCACCAUCUGCUUCGCCAUCGUCAACGUGGUGGUGUUCAUCCAGCCCUACUGGAUCGGCGACAGCGUCAACACGCCGCAGGCCGGCUACUUCGGCCUCUUCCACUACUGCGUGGGCACCGGGCCGUCGCCCAGCCGGGAGCUCAACUGCGUGGGCAGCUUCUCCGACUUCAGCUCCAUCCCGUCCGGAGCCUUCAAGGCAGCCUCGGUGUUCGUGCUGCUGUCCAUGGUGCUGAUCCUCAGCUGCAUCGCUUGCAUGGCGCUCUUCUUCUUCUGCAACACCUCCACCGUUUACAAGACCUGCGCGUGGAUGCAGCUGCUGUGUGGAGUGUGCCUGGUGCUGGGUUGCAUGAUCUUCCCCGACGGGUGGGACGCCGAGGUGAUCCGGGACAUGUGCGGUGAGCAGACGGGGAAAUACUCCCUGGGCGAUUGCUCUGUACGCUGGGCCUACAUGCUGGCCAUCAUGGGCAUCCUGGAUGCUCUCAUCCUCUCCUUCCUGGCCUUCGUCCUGGGAAACAGGCAGACAGACUUCUAUCUCGAUGAUCUGCAGACAGACAACAAAGAUUUCGCUGUGUCAAGGAUUGAGGUCCGGGACAGAAGAGAGCCACGGUACGGAGUGCAGCGUCUUCACUGAGGGCAAUGACGCAGCACUGGAUGACAACUCUCCUCCUCUCUCAUCCAUCUAUUUCUCUUCCUCUCCUCUCUCCAAUGAUCAGGAUUACUAUCACCCAAUCUCAAUGCAGACACCAAGUGUACAGGAUUCUGUAAGAUAACAAAAAAGAAAAAAAUAACAGCAAAAACUAAACACACUGGGAUAAACUAUAUUUUGAAGAGAGAAAAAAACAUGAUACAAGGCUGUACAGUGCAUUUAUCACUUUGACUUUCUCAAUGAAUACCUUUAUGAUGAUG